CAUCCAGCCCUGGCCGUGGGAGCUGCCGGCUGUUGGCAAGAGAGGCGCGAGGCUCUCUGCGGCGGCGACGGUGCGCCCAGGUGAGGGAGCUGCCUGCAACCCCAAGCCCAUUCAUUCCAUGGACUAUGCCCACAUCUCCAUGCCCUCUCAGCCAUGGAGACUCCCAUGUUUGACACUAUCCUGGAGACGACGGACGGGGUGACCCCUGACCCCAGCUGGACACUGCCCUACCCGCUGGGCUUCCAGGUCUCACUGACAGGCUUCCUCAUGUUGGAAAUCGUACUGGGAGUCAGCAGCAACUUGACCGUAUUGGUGCUGUAUUGCCUGCAGGCUGGCCUGGUGGACUCUGUCAGCAACAUGGUGACCAUGAACUUGCACGUGCUGGACGUGCUCAUAUGCGUGGUGUGCGCCCCGCUUACCAUGGUGGUGGUCCUGGUGCCCCCCGACAGGGCCGCCACACUGCUCUGCUGCUUCCAUGAGGCGUGCAUCACCUUCAGCAGCGUGGCCACGGCCACCAACGUGCUGGUGAUCAGCCUGGACCGCUACGACAUCUCGGUGCGGCCAGCGCAGCGCGUGCUGACCCCGGGCCGCGCCAUCCUUCUCCUGACAGGCGUCUGGGUGCUGUCCCUGGCUGUCUUCUUCAUACCCUUCCUCGAGGGCGAGCUGGGCCACGCCAGCACAUGGCAGAACCGCACCGUGCUCUGCGUCGGCCCCGAGGAGUUCCACGCCGAGCUCGGCACCUCCUACCACCUGGCGAUCCAGAUCCCCACGUUCUUCGCCGCCGUGGCCGUCAUGCUGGUGACCUACGCCAAGAUCCUGCAGGCCCUCAACAUCAGCAUCGGCAGCACUUUCAAGCGCAGCCAGCGCCACAAGACCAAGAAGAGGAAGCGGCGGAAAUCGGCAGAGCCAAGUGGCAGCGUGGCGGUUGGCGGAGCGGAAGCCAAGCGGCUCUCUCAGCCCAUGCCGGCGCUGCCAACACCACCACCCAUGGGGGUGCAAGCCUCGGUCUCUGUUAUCAUCGCCCUGCGGCGAGCGGUGAAGCGCCACCGUGACCGGAGGAAGCGCCAGCGGCGGGUUUUCCGCAUGUCCCUGCUCAUCAUCUCGACCUUCCUGUUGUGCUGGGCGCCACUGUCUGUCGCCAACCUGCUGAUCCUGUGCCUGGGGCCCAGCCCCCUGAUGGGCAAGCUGCGCGUCUGCUUCCUGGCCAUGGCCUACGGCACUACCAUCUUCCACCCGCUCCUCUACGCCUUCACGCGCCAGAAGCUGCGGAACGUGCUGCGCAGCAAGCUGAAGAAGCGGGUGGUGUCGGCCCUGCAAGUGGACCCCGCGCCUGGCGGCACCGUCAUCCACAAUUCCUGGGUGGAGCCGCCCCGCAAAAGCUGCAAGGGCCGGCUGCGGAGUAGUGACGGAGCCGAGCGCUGCCUGACUGAGGCCGCUAAGGAGUGAGGCGUAGGGGGCCGAGCCCUCAAAAUGGAGGUUCAGCAGAGUUUGGGGGUGGGCGUACGAAUCUUCCGUCUCGCCCAAGCUGGUGAGCGGCGAGUGCCAAACACUGAAAGGGGAGGGAGGCACACAGGCCGCCAGAAACUACAACACCAGUGCUAACCCCUCCGCCUGAAGCCACGGAAUAAGAGAAGUGGGGGUGAGCUGAUGUCUUAACGAAGCAGCGAGGGUCAGCCAUCGGCGCCUUGCUGAAACCCCAAGGGUUUCUGGAUAGGGUGCGAUACUGAUCCCUCACAAAAGGCCCCGUGCCCAGAGUGCAAGGCCUUCCCGUUGCCAACGCUGAAACCAACCGACUGUCUGAGGUAAAAGACGAAGGCCCAAGCCUUCCCACUCACGGCACCUGCCAAUUCACCACACUGAGACCCAAUAUGAUGAUCACUACUACUACUCCUCCUAUUUAAUGUUGAUAUCGGUGCCAAGAGUUGUGCUAAAGACAUCCACUCGGGUGAGGUCCCCUGCAUAUAGGGUCGUUGAGCCCACAUGGCAGUGAACGAGUGAGCUUCCCCGGGGGCCUAAUCACCUAACACACGUUUCUCUUUAUUGCUGGCUAAGUCCGGGGUGGCUAGAACAAGUUCUCUGCCUGCUGAUGGAAGUGGAGGAAGAGGUCUAAGAAAGCAUUUUGUGGCUGCGGGGGAAAUGCGGGUUUGGGGAAGGGGUGAGGCUCACACAGCUCUCGGCCCCUCCGUUUUGCUGUGCUUUUCUCUCCAGAACCCCUUAGAUUAGGCAAGCGACACACUGUUCUCUUGCAGCAUGCCAGGCCCCUGCCGCCUCCAGAACAUGCUAUGGUUUGGGGGGUGGGUUUAAGUGCUGUUGUAGAUCUCCCUGUCCAAUGGCUGGAGCCUGGCAAACAUACCUUUCUGCAAAGGGUUAUGUUAGGCUCUGCGCCCACACACCACUUCCAUAUUGGGACCAGUUUCCCAACAACCUACUUGGGUUUUUUUUGUUUUUGUUUUUUUAAGGCUUCAGUACUGCAGGCGCUGAUUUCGUUGCCUCUGCCAUCGCUGGUGGCCACUGACUCCCAGCAUCAGAUGCUAAGCGCAGCUGCUGUUCUGGGUUUGAAGGUUCACUACAGUACCAAACAGCAACAGC